GGUUAUUGAAUGCUAGAGUUGAUACCAACGCUACGAAUUUAGCGGGUUUUACAGCUUUGGACAUCUUAGAAGGGCGAACGUGUAUCUACAACAAUAAUGAGAUCUGGGAUAUGUUAACUUCUUUUCUUCCAAGGAAUAUGGAGAAUGCCGCUGAUUUGAGGGAUGCUGCUAAGCAAGGAAGCGUUAAUGCAUUGUACGAAUUGAUACAGAUGGAUGCAAAAGUUUUGGACAGGAUGGAUAACAUUCCAUUUGUUGAGACUCCUUUACACAUUGCUGCAUCUGCAGGGAACAUCCAGUUUGUCAGAGAAAUCAUGAGUUUAAAGCCAUCAUUUGUUAGGAAGCUUAAUCAAAAUGGUUUCACCCCCAUGCACCUUGCUUUGCAAAAUAACCAAACCCAAGUGGUGCUCCAGCUACUUAAUGUUGAUGAAGACCUUGUGCGUGUCAAAGGAAAGGAGGGUGUGACUCCUUUGCAUUACGUGGCUCAAAUAGGAAACCUUGAUCUUUUGGAAAAAUUUCUAAAAGUCUCCCCCAAGUCUCUUGAAGAUGUAACAAUUCGAAAAGAGACCGUCAUGCAUAUUGCCCUGAAAUACAACAUGUAUGAAGCUUUUCGAUUUCUACUUUAUUGGAUUUGGAAGCACUGGUUUGCAAUUGCCUCAUUGCGGGAUGAGAAGUUGUUGGGCUGGCAAGAUGACGAAGGCAACACUGUGUUGCACAUUGCAGUAUCCAAUAAUCAAACUGAGAUUAUGAGAUCGUUAUUGUUUAGCCCGCUCUGUUACUAUUCAGUUGAUAUAAACGCCAAGAAUUCCGGGAAUUUUACAGCUUUGGACAUCUUGCAUGGGCAAACGGGAAUUGACAAAAUUGAGAUGAGGAAUAUGCUACGUCGUGCUGGAGCUUUAGGAACUUUAAGUGAUUCUCCUCUUCCCACAAUUAAACGUCAUGAAGCUUUUUACAGAUCUUUUUUGCGGCUUUUUAUUAUGUUGGAGGCAUUGAGGCAUCGUCGAAGAAAUAAUUUAUCAAAAGUGGAGUGGCGCAGUAUGGUUUUGGUGGUUUUGGGGCUGCUCGUAACAACAACCUACCAAACGACACUCAGCCCCCCUGGAGGAAUUUGGCAAGAUAACUACAACGCUACUACUAGUAGUGGAAACAGUCCUACUCCUUCCCCUGCUCCUGCCCCAACUACUGCCGCACACAAGGCGGGGACGUUUCGAUCAUACGUCCAUCGUAACUUUCCCCGUGAAGGCGUGAACUCAUGCGGGUUGGACGUCUUGAAGAAAAAUACCAAUGGCCAGCUGAAGGAGUGGCUUUCCAUGUUUGAAAAUGCCUCAUCAUGGCAUGAGAAAUUGAUGAACUGGAAGGAUGGGAAGGGCAACACUGUAUUGCACAUUGCAGCAUCAAACAAUCUACCCAAGAUCGUGAGGUUCUUAUUGGAUUGUGUUGGAGUUGAUGCAAAUGUUAAGAAUUUAGAAGGUUUAACAGCUUUGGACAUCGUGCAAAGCCAAACGGGAAGUGCUUCUCGACUUACAAUUCGCUCAUGGAAAUUUGACCUCAGCUUUCUUAGCCCUAAUUGGUUCCUGAUAUUUGCGCUUCGUCAAAGAAUGAAUAUGACAAUUACGAUGCGCAGUAUGCUGUUGGUGGUUCUUGCGCUGUUUAUAACAAGCACCUAUCAAGCGACGCUCAGCCCUCCUGGAGGAGUUUGGCAAGAUAAUUCCAAUAGCACCGUCAUCCCAAACAAUCUAGGGAAGUUGUGA